UAAUUUCAAUCCCAACCCUGGCAACUACUCGACUAGAACCCUAUCUUGCAUCCACAUCCACUUGAGCCAACAUGAGAUCUCCACUUUGCUUCUAUCAGUUUUGGGGACUGUUUUUUCACUGCUGUGGUGUACCCAAUUCUCAAAAGCAGUGGUUAAGCUCAUUGACCCCAACGGUUGCCCCAUUGACAGCAUCCAGCAACAUCCCAUGGCUAGUGUCCCUGGCUGAAAACUGCCAGGGCAUUAUUCUGAGUCAGUGGUGGAUCCUCUCCACAGCCAGCUGUCUGAAUAAACUGAAACAUUUGGACUCUGACAUUUCAGCAGUCAUUGACCAAGAAGAUAUCUUACUUGGCCAUACAAUAUGCCUGCACCCCAGUUUUGGUCCACAAGUUGGAAUGGAUCCAGUCAAAGGAGACAUAGGAGUCAUCCUGCUACAGUACCCUAUCAGGGUGGGGGGAAUACCACUUUAUCACACUUAUAACAUCUUCUGGAAGAGCUGUUAUAACUGCCAGUACAGACACUGCAGGGUAUACCAAUAUCAGAACCACAAUAACUUUGGAACCAGUAUCAAAAAGCUGUCAGUUAAGCUGCUGGACCUCUCAUUCUGCCACCAUCAAUAUAUCCACCUAACUAAAAGUAACAACUUAUGCAUCUGGAGUCAGCCACAAGGAGACUGCUGGGUACUUACUGUAUAAGGGCAGAGUUACCAUUGGGGGGAGAUGUAAAAAUAUAUGUCAAAUGUAAAAUGGAUACAAGUUCAUUUAUGCAAGAUGAAUAAGGGCUGGAGAUCUGCUGAACAACCUAGUGUAUAUAGUUAACAAUCUUACACUGUACACUUAAGAAUUUAAGAGCGUUCGAUAACAUGUUGACUCUUACUCCCUUAAUAAAAAAGAAAGUUUCUUUACUUUCACAUGCAAUC